GGGUCAAACACAAGGUAAAGUGAAUUUAAACAUGUCCGAAGCAAAUAAUGUUGCUCUAGAUGACAUUACUCGUUUGGAAGAACGAGUAUCGCCCGGAACCUUACCCGGUCUUUUCCACAAUAUGAUGACGACCGAGGCUCUCGGAGGACUAAGUAUGACCGACAUUACUGCCGAACAGGAAGGCUGGAGUUUCCAGCCACAGUCCUCGAACGACAGUCUUUCCCCUGAGGCACAGACUCUAAUGGAUGCUUUCUGCGAAACCCGGCUUCAUUACCAUCCCCGCAAAAUGCAAUUGGUGUUACCGGAUUCUAUCUGCUCUCGAUCCAAGUGGGGUGUCGGUGAGGAUACGAAUGUAUUUGAGCGACUUCCUAUCAAGAUGAUUGGAUUUGUGAUACCGCCUGACCACCCAGAGGUACAAUUCGAAGUGGACAGGGACCAGGAUAAUGAUUCAGUCAAUGUACGAGUCACAGAUAUGGGAGAGCGUGUUGACUCUCUGAGGACCGAAGUCACAUGCUUCCAUCCCAUCGAGGGCUUCACACAACCUGAACUCAAUUCAGAGACCGGCCUACUGUAUCACGAGGGGGACUUCUAUCUAUCGAAGGAAAACAUGACUAUCAACUCCAAGCUCCUCGCAGACAAGACCAGACUGGAUCGAAUUGAUCAUGAAAAAAUGAAGGGCCACGCUUCUGUUCAUGACAACGGUGUCGCCGUUGGACCUUGGCCCAGGUUCCUUAAAAACAUCUCGUUGACACGAACGACGAGAGCCGGGGAUGACGUUUCGCUGGACCUCACAGCUUUAUAUAACCCCUCGCAGAAGAACGUGACCAGGCCUGAGGCCACCGACAGUUACAGCCAUGUAACAGUCCGCCGGGACAGUGAUACUGUUUGCUCGGACGUGCGAUUCCUUGUACCAGCGAGGAUGCCGAGCUAUACACCAGAGCAGGAAGAGGAGAUUCUGGGGAUGACAGGCCACUCUUUUACCGAGGCGUCACUGUGGAGCAGUAUCACGGCUUAG